AUGUUUCCAGUGACAGCAAUGUCAGAAAGCGCCACCUCCUUCUUAUCCGGUGAAAACAACCUCUGCUCGGCCUGUGCAUCCAUCGACUUUGAUGCCUUCAUUAAUCAUGCCAAAGAUGUGGUGGGUAAGUCAUUAGCCGAACUUCACAAACGCUUCGUCAGAUGGGAUGACCCGGAUUCUCCAUUUGCGCUGAUGGUGUAUGAUCUCAACGGCACGGUAGAGAUGGUGGGCAUUAAAGUCGAUCACGCCAAGAAUAACUCUGGUUGUCCCUGCUACAAGCUUUUCAGGAAAUAUCAUUCUCUAGGGCCACACACUUACCUUGUGUAUUACUUGCACUCUUCGCAGAAAUGUCAUGGUCUGCGAAUGACGGACAAGAAAGUUACACGUCCACAGCUCAAAGUGUGUCAUUUGUAUGAAGUCGACCGUAAGCCAAGUUCGAGUCAUGGUGACAUGGCGAGUAAGAUCAGCUUCUCCGGCAAAAAGAGCACAUUUCAGUUACUUCAACCCAGCCAGCCAGAGCCCGAACUAUCAGCAGACUUAAUAUCCAUCAAGUCUGCCUUGGCGCGCGAAGCUUGCCCGCAUCAUCUCAAAUCGGAGGGAGGUCAGAAUUGGGAAGGACUGUUUCGACGGGGACUUCCUGGGUGGAGUGUCAUAGACUGCUUCACGGACGAAAUUGUCAACCUCGAGGAUUGCAUCGCGUCGGUGGGGUCUUUCGAUGCAGUCGAGUACGCUACCCUGAGUUAUGUUUGGGGGCCCGCACAGAGCGAUUGUCUAAGGCCUGGCCGCAAAUUGCCCGCAUCAGUGCCUCGAGUCAUCGAAGACGCAAAGACUGUAACAGCUGCACUAGGAUUCCGAUAUCUUUGGAUCGAUCGCUAUUGCAUCCCUCAGCAUUGUGCAAAAGAAGCCAACGACCAGAUCCGCAACAUGAACCUCGUCUAUGCCCGGUCGUGCAUCACGAUCAUUGCUGCAGCAGGCCGAUGCCCGGACUAUGGCCUGCCUGGGGUUGGAAAGACAAUACGAAAAGUAUUUCACACUAUCCAAAUCGGAUCUCAUACCAUCAGAUGGAAGCCCACCGAAGCAGAAUGGGUUGAGCAGCAGAUCCAGCACUCCAAGUGGAAUACGAGAGCUUGGACCUAUCAGGAGGCAGCUUUGUCAACGAGGCGACUGUACUUUACCGACCACUUUGCCCUUUUAGAGAAUGGCAAGGAGGGAGAAAGCUAUAUCGAAGGCCUGCCGAAUCAAAUGUGCCCAAAGAACGGGAGCGCUUGGGAUGCCAGGUUCAAUUCCACACGCGAGAAGCUAUGUAAGACGGGAGCUUUCUUUUGA